AUGAACCUGAUAAAAGAAAAAGUAAAUAAUAUGGAAUUACAGAUAUCACUCGCAAUUAAACGGUAUGUUCAAGUUGGUGGAGAAAUUCAGGAAGGAAAUGAUAUUACUUCAGCUAUUGAAAAUACUGCUGGAACUUCAGUUGCUCAUAUUGAGCUCAAUCGUGAUAAUAGAAAAGAAAAAACUAUGACAAUUCCUGGAAUAUCUAAUUGGUUUGAAUGGAAUUGGCCCACAGAAGGUGAAAAUGCAGGAUAUAUUCAAGCACGAGGAAUUCCAAAUAUUGGAAGAUGGACAACAUUUUCUCCUGCACAAAUUCAAAAUAUUACAAAAAAUGAGAUUCGUCAACCAUCACCCCAAGUUUCUGAACCAACUAAACCAAAAUCUCCUUGGAAAAUACCUCUCCCACAUGCAUCAGGAAUCUGUCCAAAAAGAUUAGCAUUACCAAAAUUAAAAAAUGAGUUGACAAGUCGAGGAAUUGUAUAUGAUAAUCAAAAUAAAAGGCAAAAGCUAAUAGAAAUUUUGGAUAAAGAAUUGAGUCAAGAAACUUUAGCAAAUGUGGAAGAAAUGUUGGAUGUUUUGAAAUCGAAAGUAGAAGAAGGAGAAAUUGAGAAUUCAGAUUUACCAAAAUUACCGACUAUACAAGGAUGGAUAACUAGAUAUUCAGCACAGUUACGUGAGAAAAAUGCCCAAACAACACUUGGAGUCAGUAAUUGA